AGCUAGCUUCGGCAAAUGCAUGAUCAGCUGAUUAUUGUGGGGUGUCCAUUUAUGUAAUGAAUGUGGCGACGGGUAGUGGUUGAACUCCUACUUAAUGACAAACCCAUAAACUUAUGGUAUUGCUUUUUACUAGUAUAAAUACACAAGUGCUUUUUUCGACUCUCUUCAUCGAUCGACCUGGUCCAAGAAAAUGGCUCGUGGGGAUUGGGGAAACAUUGCAUUGUUAUCUUUGAUUUGCUUUAACGUUUUUCUAGUGAGUGUGGCCGGAAGGAAUGUGGUUUCUCUUAGGAAAGAUGAGGAAGAGAAGUUCAUAGGUCUCGGGAAGGGAGGAGGCUUUGGUGCUGGAUUUGGUGGCGGUUCUGGUGGUGGUUUUGGAGGUGGAGCUGGUGGUGGCAGCGGUGGAGGAUUUGGAGGUGGUGCUGGUGGCGGUGGCGGUUUUGGAGGAGGGGCUGGUGGAGGUGCCGGUGGUGGUGCCGGUGGAGGUGGAGGUGUUGGUGGUGGUGGUGGUGCCGGUGGUGGAGCUGGUGGCGGCUUUGGCAAAGGUGGUGGAGUUGGAGCUGGAGGUGGUUUUGGAAAAGGUGGUGGAAUUGGUGGUGGUGGAGGAGCUGGUGGUGGUGCCGGUGGUGGUGCUGGUGGCGGCAUUGGCAAAGGUGGUGGAGUUGGAGCUGGAGGUGGUUUUGGAAAAGGUGGUGGAGUUGGUGGUGGUGGAGGUGCUGGUGGUGGAGCUGGUGGCGGCAUUGGCAAAGGUGGUGGAGUAGGAGGUGGAGGUGGUUUUGGAAAAGGUGGUGGUGGUGGUGCCGGGGGAGGAGCUGGUGGUGGUGUUGGAGGAGGAGCUGGGGGUGGAAUUGGUGGAGGCAUUGGAAAGGGUGGUGGAGCUGGUGGUGGUGGAGGUGCUGGUGGUGGAGCUGGUGGCGGUAUUGGCAAAGGUGGUGGAGUAGGAGGUGGAGGUGGUUUUGGAAAAGGUGGUGGUGGUGGUGCCGGGGGAGGAGCUGGUGGUGGUGUUGGAGGAGGAGCUGGGGGUGGAAUUGGUGGAGGCAUUGGAAAGGGUGGUGGAUCUGGUGGUGGUAUUGGGAAAGGUGGAGGUGCUGGAGGGGGAAUUGGUGGUGGUAUUGGCAAGGGUGGUGGCAUAGGAGGGGGACAUGGGAAAGGUGGUGGAAUUGGAGGUGGGCACGAAAAAGGAGGAGGAUUUGGCAAAGGUGGCGGAGUUGGAGGUGGUGUUGGAGGGGGACAUGGAAAAGGUGGUGGACUUGGUGGUGGUGUUGGAGGAGGACAUGGUAAAGGUGGUGGUUUUGGUGGAGGCAUUGGAAAAGGUGGUGGUGGUGGAAUUGGAGGUGGAAUCGGUAAAGGUGGUGGAGUUGGGGGUGGUAUUGGUAAUGGUGGUGGCAUUGGAAAAGGUGGUGGAGUUGGCGGUGGUAUCGGUAAAGGCGGUGGUUUUGGUGGAGGCAUUGGAAAAGGUGGGGGUGGUGGAGUUGGAGGUGGAAUUGGUAAAGGUGGAGGUGGUGGAAUUGGAGGUGGAAUUGGUAAGGGUGGAGGUGGAGGAAUUGGUGGUGGAAUCGGUAAAGGUGGUGGUUUUGGCGGAGGUAUUGGGAAAGGUGGUGGUGGUGGUGGUGGCUUUGGAGGAGGCGGCGGGUUCGGUAAAGGUGGAGGGUUUGGAGGCGGAGGUGGAUUUGGUAAAGGUGGAGGCUUUGGAAGUGGUGGUGGCUUUGGAGGAGGAAGUGGAUUCGGCGGUGGGGCAGGUGGAGGUGGAGGUGGAGGAUUUGGUGGUGGGUUUGGUGGCGGAGGUGGCGGCGGUAGUGGCCACCACUAAGUUAUCAUCUCAUGUAGUUAUUAGUCAUUUCAUGCGAAAGAAAUCGAGCACAAAAUUUAAGAGUUCCAUAAUACGUACAUGUUUAUUGCCAUUUAUAAUUUUAUGAUGGAUUUGCAUUUAGUAAUAAUCAACUUCAACUUACGUUCAUGUAUUUCUCUUAUUAAUGUAUUUACAAAGGUAAUCUCAAAGUGAUGACAAAAAUAUGUACAAGUUGAUAUUUUAAUGAAUGAAUGAUUUGUUUACGACUUUGACCA